AUGCCGAGGUUUAUCGAAAGUCGCACAUGGAGACUUCUUCGCAACGUGCCAGCCAGAUACCAUCGACUUGUGCGAGAGGCUCUAUCAUUGAGACAGAAGAUCACAGUGUCUCGCCAAUCCAUCCACUUCCUACAUCGUUGUCUGACUCAUCGCGUGGUACCAAGGUUCAUGGAUCAAAAGCAACUUCACGUUCUGUGCGGUGUACCAAAGAACAACAGACAAUUGGUGGACAUCCAAACGCGUCUUCUUCGAACAUGCCUACGUGCCAAACAAGACGAAUUAUACGCUAAUAUCAAGAAAUGUUUGUCGAAAGAAUUGUCAUGUUCACGAUUUUUGGAUGAACGCCUUUGGAGGAGAAUAGUGGGUGGGUCGAUUUCGAUAUGUGAUUCUAUCCGGUCUAAGACUAAGUCCGCUUUACGGAAAAAGUUCGACAGUUUGCUUAGUAGGUCACGUAGUGAUAGUGCACAAAAGUAUCAAAAAACAUUCCGCUCUGACCUUAGCCAUCGCGAAACUACUGCUAACGAGCAAUCUUUGUCUGCCACCUCUCGAGUUACCGUACUUGGAGGCAUUUCUAUAUCAAAGAACAUACAAUCAGCGCUGGAAUUAGGACCUAGUUUCUCACCAUCUCAACCUAUUUCUACUGCGGUUCUGCGAAAAAUCGCAUGCAAUCUACAAGAACUUCAAGAUCGUCUCCGUCAAAAAGCAAAAUCAAAAACCACUGAGACUGCCCAGCAGCAGUCUAAAGCGCUUCCGCCUAUACCCUUCCCACGUACUUUCUUUAGACAACAGGAACCUAACGCAGUGGUGGAUAUUAGUAUCCGUCUUUUUGCAGAUGAACUAUUCAACGUUUUAGAUCGCUACAGACGGAGAAAGUGUCACCCAAACAUCACUCAUGAACAGCGCUUAGGCAUUAGGGAAGUUCGAGAGCUUGUUAAGUCUAAAACUAUCAGAUUAUCCACCAGUGACAAGGGUGGGGAAUUUGUAGUCAUUCCUCGUCAUCUAGACGAAGCCCUCACAUUAUGUCACCUCCAAGACAGCUCCCUCUAUCGCUCUUCCACUGUCGAAGAAUUUCUCACGCAACACCGUAGACUCAAUAGGGUAUGGAUGAGUACCAGCAAAUCAGCGCAAUUACCACCCUCGACUGCGACCCGGCUUAAAACAGAGUUACCUGCGCGUCCUGUCUUGUACCUCCUAAUAAAAACUUACAAGCUGAACUCUGAUAGUGAGCUUGCCUCUGAAGAUCCUUCAACGUUCAAGGUAAGACUUAUCAUAAGCUGCGUAGGAGGUGUCACAGAUAGGAUCGCUUGGUUCUUAAACGUAGUGUUGGUGCAGCUGUUAAAAUUCGUACCAGCCCACCUUACGAACACUCAUAUGUUUUUGGACCACCUAAAGAACACGCAUUUUGAUAACUCAUGCGUAAUGGAGUCUUUCGAUGUUACUGCAUUGUACACGAACGUCUCCAACGACUCGGCUAUGCAGGCAGUUUUUGAGCUUUUAACUGAACACCAGAGCUCUAUAAACAUGUAUGGCUUUUCCGUGGAGCAGUUGAUGGUUGUUCUCAGGGAAUGUCUCAAAUGCACUGUCUUCAGAUGGUCGGGCAACUAUUUUGCGCAAAUCAGGGGUCUUGCCAUGGGACAACGGUUGGCGCCAACGCUCGCCAUUGCUUUCAUGGCUAAGAUUGAGGCACCGAUUUGGGAAACACGACCUUUGCUAUAUUGCCGAUAUAUCGACGACUGUUUCCUUGUCUGUUCGUCUCAAGCAGAGAUGGACAACUGUUUCAAGAUUUUAAAUGAGCAGUCGGAGUAUAUAAAGUUCACUCGGAAUAAGCCUAAAGGAGAAUGGUUACCCUUCCUUAACGUCCAAGUGCAUAUUUCAAACAGAACGCACAGGACAAAGUGGUACCGCAAACCCAGUAAUAAAAAUAUCUUAGUUCACUUUCUUUCUGCCCAUCCCACACAAGUUAAAAGGUCGGUAGUACGAAACAUGUUUCGCACGGCCACCUCCGUUUGCAUUGGAAGAGAAGAAAGACGAGAAUCUAUCGAGCUUGCUAGGAAAAUUGCGGUUAGUAACGGCUACACACCUAUGCGGUCUAUCACAAAAAGAGCACAAACCCGAAAUAAAUCUGGUAUGGAGAAAGUACCCUUUUGUGUACCAUUUAUUUCCGAUGAGGUUAGCGCUGCUAUUCGGCGGUGUCUGAGGAAAGCUAAACUUGAAGAAUCUGUUACCAUCGUGGAGCUCCCCCCUAGUAACCUUAAGCAAAUACUCAUUCGUAAUCGCCUAUAUGAUCGUAUUUGCACGACACCGGAGUGUAAAAUAUGCCCAGAUAACAACGAGGGUGAUUGCAUGAGUUCAUGUGUUGUUUAUAUGAUUUGCUGUGUACAGUGUGGUGACGAAUACAUAGGAGAAACAGCUAGACCACUAUGUAUUCGAAUCAAAGAACACCUGGACGGCAAAAGGAAAUCAUGUGACUCCACUGCAUUGGGUGGUCACAGGGUGCGGCGUCAUAACGGAGAAGAUUUUGAAGUAAAGAUCACGAUUUUGGCGCGCGAACCUAGCAUUGCGGCGCGCAAGGCUCUGGAAGCUUUUUGGAUCCACUCCAAGAGUCCAAAAAUGAAUCGCAAGGAGGAAUGCCUCUCCAUUACGCGGGAACUCGCGCCUUAUUUAAGGCUGAUAUUUGAUUGCGCUAGCCACCUCACAUCAGGUAUCUGGCAGUGGUAG